AUGGUUCAGUCCGAGGACGACUUCGAUGGAAGAUGGCCGAACCAUAAGAAGAAAUACUGCAGCAAAGAAGCAAAGAUCUUUCUAGAGGAACAGAAAGAAAAAACCAUCUGUAAUACUUCUAGCUGCACGGCGCGCCUUGUUAAGCAUGUACUCGCGCCAACUUCAGCACAACAAGAAGAGGAAAUAGCUGCGAAAAGAAGGAAACAAGUAGAGGAUAAAAGAACCGAAGAGUCGAGGAAAACAUUGCUUGAGAAACAUGCUGAACUUAAAGAAAUGGAUGCUGAAAUGGAUCCCAAAGAAAGGCAAAGAUUAGAGGAAGAGAUCCUGCUGGAGAGUGUCACACAGAACAGCGCUCUCCAUGCUGCUGUGGAGAUUGCUCAUGGGUUACAAUAUACCGAGUCUUUUCGCACAUCGUAUCCCUCUCACAUUCGGAACCAAACGGAAGAGGAUUUUGAGGCUUAUAGGAAGAGAAAGGGAAUAAGUGUGGACGGAAUUGACUGCCCACCUCCUAUUGGGAGCUUUGUGGAAAUGAAGUUCCCGAAGUGUAUCCUACGUGCGCUGAAGGAUAAUGACAUUCACAUUCCAACUGCGAUACAGAUCCAAGGAAUCCCUGUGGCCCUCUGUGGUCGGGAUAUGAUUGGCAUAGCGUCAACAGGUUCUGGAAAAACAUUGACGUUCGCGUUGCCAUUGAUAAUGUUUUGCCUGGAGCAGGAGUACAUGAUGCCGUUCGAACGUGGAGAAGGGCCCUAUGCUUUGGUCAUUGUGCCAUCGCGAGAAUUGGCCAGACAGAUUUAUGACGUUAUUGUGGACUUAUUUCAAGCGAUUGAACGUGAUUCCAAUAUGCCUAAAGCUGAAAGCAGGACUAUGCAUUGGCGGCGUUCCUGUCCGAGAGCAAGCUCAGGUCUUCAAGGAGUAAGUGAACAUGGUUUCGUGUCUGCAGGUGUUUACCUGCCGCCAUUUCUAAGAAGGAAUCGAUAUUUUAGUGGUGUACAUGUCUGUGUUGCUACACCUGGCCGUUUGUCAGAUAUGCUUACAAAGAAGAUUUUCAAUUUGGAGGUGUGCCGUUACUUAGUGCUUGAUGAAGCCGAUAGAAUGUUGGACAUGGGUUUUGAAGAUGAAUUAAAGUCAAUUUUUGCGUUCUUCAAAGCCCAACGACAAACUCUUCUGUUCUCAGCCACGAUGCCGAAGAAAAUUCAGAACUUUGCCAAAUCUGCUCUAGUUCGACCUGUG